AUCAUCGACGUUUUAUUAUCAUCAAAAUUUUUACUCUUUUCUCGUCAAAUUUUUAAUUAAUAGUUAAUUUUUAAUUAAUAAUUUUAAUUGUACAGUUAUUCGCGAAUAAGGUACGAGAUAUUUUACGCUACGUUGAUAAAUGUAAAUAUAUUUCAUCGUAUUUCAUCGACAUAUUCAUCAUUAACAGAAAAAAUACCCGAAGUUAUUUUCAACUUUCGAACGUAAUCAUGCCGAAAAAAUUUCAUCUUCGAGAUUGCACCGAUUCGUGCAAGUCUCAGAAACACGCUGGAGAACUUAUAUCAGCUAUCAGUAUUCCAUCCUCGGAGGUCCAGGAUAAAUAUAUAGCGUCUUAUAUCAACAACACUUGUUGUUCUUUCGAUUCCGUUCGAGAUGGAGUUGGACGUACAGUAUUACAUAUAGCAGCCAGUGUUGGGCGUAAAGAGUUAUGCCAGUGGUUGAUUCGAUACAGUAAUGUUGGUAUCGAUCUCCAGGAUUUCGAAUCUGGGUAUACAGCCUUACACAGGAGUAUUUUUUAUGGCCAUAUCAACGUUGCUGUAACGUUAAUGCAGCUUGAAGCUAAUAUACUGAUCAAAGAUCACGAAGAUUAUUAUCCUUUGGAUCUGUGCAAUCGUAACAUUAACGUUGAAUGGACUCCGUUCAUAUUGCAUUCGAGAUUUGCAACGAAAGACGUACCUUCGGUCGUUUCUUCUGUAAAAAGUGAUAAAAAGUCUUCCCCUGCUAAAAAUAUAGACGUCAGUUACAAUGCCCUGAGUAAAAUCGCCGAAGACAAGCAAGACUGUCUGAAUAAUUUUAAUAACGUUUAUUUCACCGAAGCUUAUACUUGGGGUACGAACCAUAAUUAUACAAAUGGAUUUGGCGCUGAAAGGAGUAAAAAGACGCCGGAAUUUUUGGAAUUAUUUGAUAAGAAAAACGAAGCCAUUAUCGACAUCUGUAUGAACAAGUGUCACACUCUGUUUGUCAGUUUGACUGGCAAUGUUUGGAGCUGUGGUCUUGGUCAAGGUGGUCGACUUGGAUUGUCUUCCGAAGAAACUGUAUUAAUACCUCGUAAAGUAGUUUUCCCCAAUAUUUCAUCUCCAAGUAGUUCUUCGAGUUCCUCUAGUUCUUUAUUUUGUAUGAAAGCCUCUGCUGGCCAAGAUCAUUCCAUUUUUAUUUGUAAUGAUAAUCAGAUUUUUACUUGUGGAUUAAAUACUUAUCAUCAACUGGGUUUAAAUCCAGCUCCUUCCAGCGUGAAUAAACCUCAUAAAGUUAAUUUAGAAUUAUGGAAUGAAAACGCCCUAGGUGUAGCUGCAUCUACGUAUCAUUCGGUUGUGUGGACCAGUAGCACACUUUAUACGUGUGGAUUACACGGUGGUCAACUAGGGCACCCUAAUUCAGCCGCCAGAACGUUUCCCACUUUUACAAAAGUUCCUUGUUUGCAAUUCUCAUACACCACGAUAACAAACGUGGCAGUCAGCGAAGGUGCCAUAGCGGUAGUAACCGACGCCGACGAUAUAUUCCUAAUAAACGAAUACAAUUGCCAGAAAAUCGAUCUGAGACAUAUUGUCAAACACGUCUCCAAAACCGAGACCAGUCUGGCUUGUAAAUUAUCCGCCGCUAGUGACGGAUCAGCUGCAAAUUUGACCUGUUUACAAACCGUACUGAAAGUAUCGGUUAGUGGAGGUUUCCUGGAUACGAAAAAGAUCAAAAGCUUUAAUUCCUCGUAUCGACCUGAGGAGUUGAAAAUCGCUAUUUUAUUAUGGAACGGAAACGUUUACUUGUGGAAGAAGUUCAAAAAUGAAGCUGAAACUAGACUGAUUAGCUGUGAUUUCCUCGUCAAGCACGAAAUUAAAGUUGCCGAUUUAGUAUUAAAUUCGUCCAGUAUGAUGUUAGUUACUAGAACAGGAGAAGCUUUCGUUGGCUGUGGAGAAACUCUGGAGAAAACUUUUAAUAGAAGUCAAAAUUCAGGAUACACGAUGGUCAAUUACCAUUACGCCGAAGUUGAAGAUGAAAGUUACGUGAUGAGUUUACGUAAAAUAGAAAAUGCCCAUAGAGCUGUUUGCAUUUUCUCGGAUCCUAAAGGAGAUAAUUUCGGCAUAUUACAGCAACGAUCGGCAGAUAUAAUGGAUUGUUCGCCGGAUAUUAAAUCAUCAUUUCAUUCAGAUAUGGAAAAAUUCUACCAAGAAUGUUCCGUAUUGGAUAUGUUCCCUGAUAUCACUUAUAAAGUCGAUACGAAAUCCUUCCCUGCUCAUAGAUAUAUUAUUGCAUCCUGUAGUGAGCCCCUGGCUUCGUUGAAAUCGACCAACGGUGUCAUACGUAUUGAUAAUGUUCACCCGGAUAUAUUCAAACAAGUAUUAACUUUUGCCUAUACUGGUUUCUGUGAUUUGUUCCAAGUUGGACCAUGUUCCAUCAAAAUAUCCAGAGGGAACGAAAAAGCCAUCGGAGGAUCUCCGGGCAAAUACGAAGACCCAAUUAGACUCGCUUGUAAAGUAGCUCGUGAUUACCAAAUCCACAAAUUCGGUUCACAUUUAGAAAAAUUUAGAUACGAAAAAGAAUCCAUUUGUUUGAAAGUUAAAAAUGAUUUCGUCCGACCAGUGCCAUUUAAUUUCAGUCGUAAUAAGUUUAGAAAUCUGUGCGAUGUUAGGAUAGUAAGUCAAGAUGGACAGGUUUUCCAUGCUCAUAAAUGUAUUCUAGUCGCUCGUAUGGAGUAUUUUAAGCUAAUGUUGUCUGGAUUCUGGAUGGAGUCUUCCAACGAUAACGACGAAUUCCAUUUAUCAAUUUCCGGAGUUCUAUUACAAGAAAUACUGGACUAUUUGUACACUGACAAUGUUUCCAAAUCUGUAUCUAAAAAAGAUAUGAAUUUUUGGUGCAGUUUGUUGGUAGCUGCUGAUCAAUUCGUAUUGACUACGUUGAGAGAAAUCUGUGAAAAUUGCCUUGUUCGUUGCCUCGAUAUUAGAAACACGAUAGAUUUAUUACUGUUCGCCGAUACCAUGAGAGCGAAGCAGCUAAAGAAAUCGUGUAUCGAAUUCAUAUCGAUCAAUAUGCCGUCCUUUUUAAAUAGCAGGAAUCUAGAAAAACUAUCCGACGACCAGUUAACGUCGUUAUCCGAUCAUUACCGAAGUUCAUCCACAGAAACGGUGUCUAGUCGUCGUCUUCCUUCGACACUUCCUGUCUACAGUGACGCUUGCAGCUCAGAAGAAAUCAUCAGCAUGGGCAACUCGUAUCCCGUCGAAUGGGAAAUUUCUCCAGAAUCUGAUCAUACAGCUGAUCACAAAAAGAAACCAGCAAAAUCGAUCCAAAUAAAAAAAGUCAAACGAGUUCGAAGAAUAUCCACAGCUGAGACCGAUAAAGGCAAAAAAUCCGACGAAGAGAACAAAAUGCCCAAUAUACCUCAUGAAAACAUAAUCAUCGACAUGAAACCUCAACUUAUCCAUAGUCCACCGGAAGGCAACUGGAUCGAAGUCGAUAAGCAAAUAAAAUCUGUCAAAUCCAGAUUAAAAGUCAACUCGGCGGUGAAACAGUGUCCCGAACUGGUCGAACAAAAGGAUAAUUUUGUACCAUUGAGGAGUCUGAAAAAUACUCCCGAACCUGCUCCUAAAUUACUCGAGAGUCCCGAUGCAAAAGGAGAUGCUAAACCUAAAACUUCUCCAAUUACCAUCAACUUCGAUCUGAUUAAUAUUACACCUAAGAUGUCUCAAAAACAACGCAAGAAACUUAGAACGGCGAGCGAAUCAUCUACCUCGAAAUGCGAAGAACCUGAACCUUGUUCGCCGAAGAAUGCUUGGAAUAUGAAGUGUUGUUCGCCUCCUUCGGAUCAUCACGUUGAAAGCCCUUCAGUUCGUUGGGGACCGGGUAAAAGCCCAGAACCGGUUAGCUUUUCAGCCAUCAUGGCUUCGGAAAAGAAACAAAAAACCAUUAUCAAAAAAGAAACGAAAAAAAUCGAAGCUAAAUCAUUACAAUUGACUCAGAUCGAAGAUCAAGCUAUCGAAGACCUGAAAGCGUUUUAUAACGUCUAUGACGUUUAUGAAGAACACAUAACUGUUCAAAGGGUCACGUACAAUAUCGAAGCUCCUCAAUGGAUCACCAGAUGAUGAACGCCGGUCGUUCGAAUCUGAUUAUUUUAUAUCCAGGGAGGUCUGUUACCGAGAUUUUUUUUUUGUAGAGCAAGUUUAACAUUAACGACGACAAAAAAUUUUAUAUUUUAAUUUAUUUAUUUAGGAUUUUUUUAUAAUGUUGAUAUUUUUACCUACGGUUUGCUUUUUUGCUUCGACGUAGAUUAUUAUUUAUUAUCGUGUUAUGACCAAGUCCGCGUAAUUGUUUCGUUGUUGUUUUUUGUCUUGACGUGUAUUAUUUGAUCGAGUAAUAUAUUUGUACUUGUUUUGCAA